AUGUAAGAUAAACCAUAAGAAUUAGUGACAUGUAAAUUCUGUAAGGAAAGUUUUCCUCUUAUUUUUAUGUACGGACAUAGAACUGAAUGCAAUUUUGAAAAUCAUCCUAAUUACUAAUCUACACUAUAAAAUAAUGAAACACAAUUCUAAUAAAUAAAAGAGGAAAUUUAAAAUGAUUCAUAGAAUAAACAAGAAAUAAAUAACCAUUAAUUUAGUUAAGAAUAGAAUGUCCAAAAUACAUAUUAACAAGAAUCUCUUUUAUAAGAUUUUUCUAAAUAAUAAUAAACAGAAAUAGGUUCAUAAGCAUUAAAAUAAUAAAAGAAUUUACUAGAUUUAUAAACAGAGUCUAUUUUACUUCAAACUACAAAGAAAUGUGAAUAUUGCAAUGAAAUUUUUCCUAAAGAAUAGAUUGAUGAUCAUUAUACUAAUUGUCAAAUCUAUUUAAUGAUUGAAUAACUUUAAAUAGAAGAAACUCAAAAUAAAUUUGAUUCAAAUGAAAAUUACAUUGAUAAGAAAAUAAUGAUUGAAUAAUAAAAGGAGACUGAAAAUUUUUCAACAAUAAUUCAUGAAGAAUUACAAAAUGAUGGGAAAAUACUCCAAAAAAUAAUUACUAUAGAUCCCCUUACUAAUAAAACCUAUGAAAAUAUAUUUUUACUUGAUUCUAAUGAUGGCAAAUAGUUAUAGCAUAUAUCCAAAUAAACAAUAGUAACAAAUGAUAAUUAAACCUUUUAAUAAAGUUUUUAGAGUUUUAUUAACAAGGAUUUCAUUGAUCUUGAAGAAUUAGAAAGAAAUAAUCAAUAAAAGUAAUGUAUUUAUUAAAAAUAAGACGACUAAUUAAAAAAAAUAGAAUUUAAAAUAUGGGGAAAAUUAAAUUUUGUGAUUCUAAUUAGCUUGAAUAGGAAUUUAGAUAAUGUGGGAUUUGUUUUAUGAGUUAUUUAAAAGGAGAAGAAUUGGUUUUGCUGCCUUGUAUACAUAGAUUUCAUAAUAAAUGCAUAAGUUAGUGGUUGAUGGACUAAUCCACUUGUCCAAUUUGUAAAAUAAAUGUAGAAUAAUCAAAAACUUGA